AAAGGGGCCGCGGCUGGAGGAGGAGGAGGAGGUGGUGGCGGCGGUGGUGGUGGUGGUAGUGGUGGUGGUAGUGGUAAGGGUAAGGGUAAGCAGUGCGGCCUGCGAUCCCCGCCCUCCCCCCCACCUCCCCCCUCUCCUCCACCCGGCCUCCUCGCCUAACCAAUUCUUUUGCUUGCAGGUUCCAGCCCGAAGUCCCGCUCCGCCGCGUCCCGGGGCCGGACGGAGGGAUGAAGAAAGGGGGACCCCGGCAGCGCCGUUGCUGCUCCCCCCGCCGCCCGCAGCCAUGGAAACGGGCGAGGAGGACGGUGUUCGCCGAGGGACACAAAGCAGUGAGCGGAAAAGGCGAAGCCCAGGGAUCCGGGCGCCCAGCGCAAAGCUGAGGCCGGCGGCAGCGGCCCAGGCCCAGGCUCAGGCCCAGGCCCAGGCCCAGGCCCAGGCCAUGGAGGCGGCCGCGGAAGAGGAGGCGGCUGCGGGCAAGGCCUACCUGGCGGCGGCGCUGAGACGACGGGAGGCGGCGACGCGUCCGCGGUACAGCCUGCUGGCUGAGAUCGGGCGCGGCAGCUACGGCGUGGUGUACGAGGCGGUGGCCGGGCGCAGCGGGGCCCGGGUGGCGGUAAAGAAGAUCCGCUGCGACGCGCCCGAGAACGUGGAGCUGGCGCUGGCCGAGUUCUGGGCCCUGACCAGCCUCAAGCGGCGCCACCAGAACGUGGUGCAGUUCGAGGAGUGCGUCCUGCAGCGCAACGGGUUGGCCCAGCGCAUGAGCCACGGCAACAAGAACUCGCAGCUGUACCUGCGCCUGGUGGAGACCUCGCUCAAAGGUGAAAGGAUUCUGGGUUAUGCAGAGGAGCCCUGCUAUCUCUGGUUUGUCAUGGAGUUCUGUGAAGGGGGAGAUCUGAAUCAGUAUGUGCUGUCCCGUCGGCCAGACCCAGCCACCAACCGAAGCUUCAUGCUGCAGCUUACCAGUGCCAUCGCCUUCCUGCACAAAAACCACAUCGUGCACAGGGACCUCAAGCCUGACAACAUCCUAAUCACUGAGAGAUCUGGGGUCCCUGUCCUUAAGGUUGCUGACUUUGGACUCAGCAAAGUCUGUGCCGGGCUGGCACCUCGAGGGAAAGAGGGUGGUCAGGACAACAAAAAUGUGAAUGUGAAUAAAUACUGGUUGUCCUCAGCCUGUGGCUCUGACUUCUACAUGGCCCCUGAGGUCUGGGAGGGGCACUAUACAGCCAAGGCGGACAUCUUUGCCCUAGGCAUUAUUAUUUGGGCCAUGAUAGAGCGGAUCACGUUCAUUGACUCCGAGACCAAGAAGGAACUGCUGGGGACCUACAUCAAACAGGGGACAGAGAUUGUACCCGUAGGGGAAGCGCUGCUAGAGAACCCAAAGAUGGAGUUGCACAUCCCCCAGAAACGCAGGACUUCCAUGUCUGAGGGGAUAAAGCAGCUCUUGAAAGAUAUGUUAGCUGCUAACCCACAAGACCGACCUGAUGCCUUUGAGCUUGAAACAAGAAUGGACCAAGUCACAUGUGCUGCUUAAAAUUCAGGGCAAAGCAUCCCGGGCGUUUUAUAACUGGGUUGACUUCGCAGGGACCCACAAUCUCUUCAGUAUGUGCAUAGAAGGAGGCAGAGGAUCUCAAGAAGUGGCUGGGCGGAUGAUGGGCGCUCUCCGGACAGCUGGAUCUCCAGCUAUGUGAAGCUUUUGUUUGGGGGGUGGUUGUGGUUUUUUCUGUGUUUGAUUUUUUUUUCCCCUCCUUUCAGUUUUUCUUUACCUUUUUUGGGAAGCCAAUUGAGACUUCAGAAGAGCAGAAGCUAUUCAGAUGGACAGGCACCAGUUCGUUUAAAACCAAUUGAAUAUGGACACAGCAUAUGUGUACUUUUUUUUUUUUUUUUUACAGAUGGGGUGGGGGAAGGAUUUUUGUUCAUCUUCUUCCCUUUUUUUCUCCUUUUCCUCCCGUGUCUCAGUCCUGCUUUUUCAAACAAUACAGCUCGUUAAGAAAGAUCCCUUUGUCCAGCCUUUCACCAUCAAGGGCAUCAAACCCAUUCAAGGGCAGAAGGACUUUUCCUAAGGGUUUCUUCUGCUGGUGUGGAGCAGAGGGCCCUUCCUCUUAAAUCCUUUCCCUAGGUUAGUCAGGAACUGUUCUGGCCCAAGGAUGAUCAUUCCUGUUGGAUAACUAGGGAGGGGAAAAAGGCCCUACGUGUCUUCAGUCCUAAGUGAUAUCCAAAUAGCCAGCACUAACUUAUACCAUAACAGAGAGUAAGAGAUACAAGAGGCAGGGAAUGUGCUGGGUCAGACCUGGAAAAAUAUGGGAGGGCCCAGUGCAGGGUUUGGGGGAGGGUGCCCCCAGUCUCAUAGUAUUCUUUGGUUUCCAGGAAUCCAAACCUCAGGCCAUAGUCAGGAAUUGGAUCUCCCCACUGUUAGGUGAUUUAUAUACAUACACACUGUCUCUGCUUGUUUGUCUAUCUCUGUCUCUAUCACUCUUACUCUCAGUCUCUCACUCUAUAGUGAGCUUGUCUCCAGACUGAGUGGAGCUAAAAGGAGGUUGUAAAAGGAUUUUCCUGUGCCCAUCUUUAUUCGUGUGUUUCUCCUGCAAGGAGAGAAUCAGUUGUGCCAAAUCUUUGCUAGGAAGGUAGCCACAUGGUGGUGUUCUUAGGCUAGUCUACCUGGUGCCCCUUUUAGAACCAGCAGGAGAGGUGGGGUGCUUUCUAGAAAUGGCCCAGUUGUAAAGAGUCUGCCAGCAGCAUUAUCAUAGGAUGGUGGGGACAGGCAAGCUGAGGCUAACCCAGCCGGCCUUGACAAUACAUCACUUCCUUGGCUGGGUACAUGCAACCCCUGGGGCUUGGCUGACAGAAAUCAUCCUAUGCCUUGUUCCCGGUAGAUAGUGGUGAAAGUAAAGUCCCCACGAGGGACCCUAUCUCAAUUGGAGGUGUUUUCCAUAGGAAUGUACUUGCUCUCUACAGAAGAAAAGGCCCCACUUAAUUAGAGAAGCCCAUUUGCCAGCUUAGAAAAUGACCUUCAAAAUUGCCAGAUUGUUGACUUUUCUUUGUGUGUCUGUAUAUUUUCACCCUCACUCUUUCUCUUCCUACCCAGUGUACUUGCCACCCCUCUAGGGUAAUUUCCCCUUGCAUUUAUCAUUUUCUGUCAGUAUGAUCAAGUGCUAAGGUCAAGUUUUUUGAACGUACACCAUUGUGGUUCCUCUCCGUCUCAGUGGCACAAGCAUUAUAUACCCCAUUAUAGCCAGGAGUGGGAAAGGUGACUGAUGUUAAAGGAAAAGUCUUUUUUUCCCCCUUUUUUUCCUUCUUUCCACCUAAAGCUAGGGAAGAUUGACCAGGGAUGAGGAGGGAAGAUAACUGACAGGGACAAGGAAAAGACAUUUUUACUAUUUCUCCAUCUCCUUUGGUUUGGCAGGUUCCCUCUAGCUGGCAUGCCCAACUUGGGACCCUGUUUUCUGUAUCUGUACAAUUAAAAAAUAUCUAUUUUCCCAGUUUCCUGAUGGGAUUCUUCUAGCCUUCAAAUACUGAACUUGUUGUGGACAGCUAGCUUCAGUUAGCAUGAUUCAGCAGCCCCCUGCCCCAAAGUUGCAGGGGUCACCUGGACCCAGACCCCUGCUUGGCCUUCCUUAAGGCAACUCUUUUGUUCUGGGUAUGACUCUUUGUUUCUCUCUCCACCUUUUUAGGAAGACAGCUCCUUAUAUCAGUAUGGAUACACACUGCUCUUGAAAGUGUGAUCUGGGAAAAAUCCUAAUUAAGGUGAAGGCUGCUUCUCUGCCCCCAAACCUCUUUUCCCGUGGGGCAGACUUGUCUCUUCAUUCAUUAGUAAAUGGUGAAAAACAGUCCCGUAUUUCAGUGCCACAAAUUCCCCCUUGUCUGCACCUCCCUCUCCCCCCAACCCCUGCACAGGAAUCCCUGAUGAGGGUUCAAGGGCUAAUUUGUUUUAUUUAAAGAUUGGUUGGAGUUUGGGGUGAUUUUGUUUUCCUCUCAUCAUCUCUUCUUCUCAGUUCUGUUUUGAUAUUCUUGUAGACUGUCCACCUCUCCUGACCUAGACCUCUUCUCACCCUUUACUGACUCUCAGAAUCCCCCCAUCCUUCCAGGUCACAAAGCUCCACUUCUCAGACAUUCUAGUCUACAUGUGAGAAAGGUGGCUAUGUCUGGUGUUGGGUAGGCAGCCCACAACCAAGGGUUUUGAACUCUUCAAUCCUUGGUCUCCUAGCAUCGGAAGCUAGCCUUGCCCUCCCGGUUUUGAUCCAAGCAUGGGCCAGGACUCCUUUGACCCUGGCUCCAGUGAGAGCCAUCUAGUGAGUGCCAAGGACCUGCCUUCCACUUGUCUCCCUCUCCCUCUCUAGAAACCACAUCAAGAAGGUGCCAGGCUAAAUGUUUUUCUGUGCUCUCCUCUGCCCAUAACCAGAAAGGCAAGAUGUUGAGGGGUCUGAGCUAGAUAGAGUUCAUCAGUUUGUAAUGUGACACAGUUAGGCACUCUUGAAGCAGUUAAUGAUUGUUCAUCCCCUUCACCAUGCCCCUUCUAUAUUCUUCUUCUUAUUCUUUUCCCCAUGCCAGUGUCCUAUCCCUGAGUGACGUUGCUCAAUUCUAAUGACUAUGGCCAAUCCCAUCCUAGACCAAGAAGUAAAACCUUUCCAGGAUUUCAAGAGCAAUAGAUAUUCUUGGCUGUUUCCUUACUGUGCAGCCCUUCCCCUUUCCCCACUAAAAAUCCCUUUUGGCAAACUGGUAACAUUUCGUUACUUUUCCAGGAGUCCAUAGAAUGGACUUCACUCUCUGCAGAAUAGAUAAUCAUAAAGGGCAGGCCAGCCAAAGGCCCAAGCCUGUAUCUUCCCUGUGGAAAGCAGAUAGGACUUCCAGGCUAAACCUGUUUCUCUUAAGGCCAGAGAAUCCCAGAGACAGACCAUAGUGCCUUAUGCUGGAAACUUCCAGCUUCACAAAGUAUAUCACACUUUUGUCUUCCUCUCUCCUUCUUCUUCCCCUGUCUGGUCUUCAUCUCCCUUUUCUCCUCCACGCAGCUGUCUUCCUCAUCUCCUUCCUGUCAGUGUCUGUGGACGCUUUUUUAUUUUUCUGGGCCCCUUCUAGGGGCAGACUUUUCUGGUGUUGUGUUCUUGGUUCUCUGAACUGUCAGGAAGAGGCUCUUGUCCUAGGCAUAAGUAACUGAAAUUCUCAUGCUAGUGGGAAGACCAGGCUUUUGCCCUGUGACCUGCCUCGCCAUUUCCCACACCUUCCAGAGGACAUUGGCUGCUCUCUUAGAAGGACAGGGACAGGGACCUCCACUUGGAGGGAAGAGCUUCGUUUGCAGUCAGGCCCUGCUGUUCUCCUGUUUCUACCUCCUCUCCAUCAUUUCUCUUUGCUGAUAGUGCUGCUGGCUAAGAUUCCUUACCAGGGCACAUCCCCACUAGUGACGUGAGUUGGGAGAAUGUCAACACACAGGAAUGUGAGAUGAGCCCAGUAGCGCAGGCUGGUGUUUAGGAGUCAUCAAACCAGGUUCACGUGGCACCCAUUGGCAGAGAUCAUGAACCUGGUUCAAAAUAGACUCAGUUACCACUUUGGGGCAUUGGGGACAAAGCUCUGGCUCUUGACAACCUGAUGGUCGAGCCCCAUUUUGUUGGCCCCUCUCUCCCAGCCCUAUAGAUGGAGCAAGUGUCUUCCUCUCCACCAUACCCUGCCUCAUGCCCAGAGCUGACUUUACAAAGUCUCUCCUCAAAGGAAUAUGAUUCCCAAGGGGUCUAGGAGUGAGUGUAUGAAAUUGUUUACUUUUGAAAUGUCCUGUUUACAGUAAGGAGAGGCCAAACUCCAGGAGCUGUGGGUUGGGACUUUCAAAGCACAGGGAGUUUAAAUCCUUAUUAAACACCUAGUGUCCUUUGUGACACAGCCAGCGGUUAGCCUUGGGAGGGGUGUUGUAUUCCUGUCCCUCUCUUUUUCCCCGCCUGUUUGCAAAAUCCAGAGGUGCUAGGACUAACAGGCCAAUAGUCCCUUUCCCAGGUCUUCCUGCCUAUUUUGUGUCUCUCCCCUCCCUCCUCCUUUCCGAAUUUUUAGCUCCUUAACAUAUCAGAUGUCUCCUUGAACCAGAGUGCUUGGAGCAAUAAGGUGUUUUUUGUUUUUUGGGUUUUUUUUAAGUAACUGGAGGAAAGUAAUGUCCCUAUGGAUCCUCUUCCUCAAUUCUGUUUUGUUUUACUUUUGAAGUCUCAGUAGGCAGGAUCUUGUCUGGGUUUAAGCGUGCCUGGUACCAGAAACAGGCACAAACACCACAUCUUGCCCCUCCUCCAGGCGAGCAAAUCCCCAGGCUGAGGGAGCAGGGAAUACUGCUGAUUUGUUUUGUGGGCCUCUUACUGCACACUGCCAACUCAGCUCACCAGCCUGGCCUGGGGAUUGUGCCUUGCCUGGCAUUGGCCAAAUCUAUACAUGUCCCCGGAUCCAUGCAUCAAGGCUGGCUUGGGAUCUCUUUUGCCGUUGUUUGCCCAGCUUCCCCUUUCUAGGCCUCUGGUCCAAGAUCAGACCCCUGAUUUUGUCCUUUUCCCAUACUUCCUUAUGUCAAUGAAGUUGAACCAUCUUGCAAAUAGGAACCCUGAAAGCCUCAGAAUGGCAUCUGAUUGAUGAUCAGAAUGGAUAGUGUUAGUAAGGUAGACAGAUUACUGGCACUUGGAAGCCACAGCACUGAAUCGAUGACCAUGCCUCUCAUCUUGCCAUGCCCAGGGAUUUGGUUAAAGGAUUGACUUCAAUGUAUGAUUUUACCUGUUAACAGCCCCGUAGCCUGGUCCCAAGCAUAAAGGCAUAGCAAGCCUUGUACAUACUCAGAAGAAUAACAUUAGCUAAGUCUUUAUGUACACAGACAUCAAAAGCAGUAGACUUCUUGCUGGCAAGCCCCCAUACAUUACACUGGUAGAUCUUGGUGCCAUUGGUUUCAGUGUGACAUCAGUAAGGCUUUUAGCUAAUUCCCUUAGAAUUCUGACUCCGGAAUAGCCUGUCCCUGCCCUGGGUUUUACCGGGUGAAUCAAUUUUUCUCCCCACUCCUCCCCCCUCCCAAAAAAAAUCAAUUCCACUCAAACAUUUAGAGCCCCAGCAUCGGGGGUGGGGGUAGGUGCCCCACCCACCCUCUGUAAAGUUGCCUUACAGGCAGCUCAGGGCCUGGCGCUUCCACAGCACUUUGAACCCCCAGGACCCCCUUCCCCAGCCACAAGAGAGAUCGUAUAGAAAGUGGAAAAAGCAGAUGGCCAUGUAGUUAGGGGAGAGCAAGAGGAAAAAGUCAUCUUCACUCUUCAAGACUCCUUUCCUAAAGAGCUUCUGGUUAGAUAGAACCUUUUGGCUCCUUCGACACAGUGGACAGGACAGAGAUGGGCAGGUGUGAGGGAAAGGCUUAAACCCAGGCUCAAAGUUAGUUUAAAAUACUAGUUAAUAAAUCUAUUUUUCUGGGUUGUUUUUGUUUUUUUUUUUUUGCACAGAAGCUGGUAAUCUAGGACCUACGUGUGAACAACUUUAUAUAAAUAUUUUUUGUACUCAGUUUACUUGGGUUGGAUUGAAACCUUGUAUUUAAGUUCCUCGAACACUGUGGAUCCCCUGAUGUGUAUGAAUGGCAGACACUUUGUAAAUUAAGAGACGUUUGUGUGAAUAAAGCUAUUUGAUGGGGUUGAA